AUGAGUGUCAUAUGCUAUGCGGAUGACACUCUGGUCACUGCCCGGGAGAAGACAUUUGGGACCGCGGCGCGGCUGGCGUCGGCGGGCGGCACAUUAGUCGGUCGCAGAAUACGAUGCCUCUGCCUGAAAGUCGCGCUGGAGAAGACUGAGGCCCUCUUCUUACCGGGGCCUCGCCAGCGCACCCCUCCCGACGCCCACAUUGUGGUUAAGGAUGUUAGGAUUGACGUCAAAGGCCAGAUGAAAUAUCUGGGCCUCACGCUUGACGGGAGGUGGCAUUUUAGCCCACACUUCAACGGUCUAGCGUCACGCCUCCUCAAGGCAGCUGGCGCACUGAGUUGGCCCCUCCCGAAUUUGGAAGGGCCACAAACGAGGUAUCGUCGACUUUAUGCAGGCGUUCUGAGGAGCAUGGUGCUGUAUGGCGCCCCAAUCUGGACGGACGCACUCAACAAGAGGGAGAAUGCUGCCCUUAUGCGCAGGCCCCAGCGGGCCAUAGCGCAGAAAGUCGCAAGGAUCUACCGUACGGUAGGGCACGCUGUGGCGUGCGUCCUCGCUGGUACUCCUUCUUUGGGAGCUAGAAGCUGGGACCAAAAGGCGCGUGGAAAGCGCCCGGCCCCGGAGCGGCGCGGCGCCGUCAGGCAGGAAGAGCGCGAGAUCAUGAUCGACCGCAGGAAGGAAGACAUGACUCGCGCGCAGUUUGGCUGCCGCACUCUGGACGCCAUUGGUCCUGUUCUGGACCAAUGGUUGGAACUACCGCACGGGUUCCUCACGUUCCGUCUGGCGCAAGUGCUGACCGAUGGCUGCUUCGGGGUUGGUGACAAAUGUAUUCUACUCUGCCGUCACCACACGGCCGAGGAAUCCCCGCUGUACCACAAAUGCGGCGCGGCGGAUGACACGGUGCAGCACACCCUCGCGGUCUGCACAGGCUGGGAGGAGCAGCGCCGUGUCCUCACUGCGGUCGUGGGCCGGGAUCUUUUGCUUCCGAGCCUGGUCAACGCCAUGCUUGGAAGUGAAGGAUGCUGGAUGGUGGUCGCCUUCUUUUGCGAAGAGAUCUUCUUUCAGAAGGAGGCAGCGGAGCGCGAGCGGGAGAACGAUCCUCUCGCCUCAUCGCUCCGCAGGCGGAGAAGGGGGUGGAGAAGGCGGUUGUACGACCGUUCUACUCUGCCCACAGAUGGCGGCCAGCAGGCCGGGGGUGCGGGGGCACCCUUGUCACCUCCGUCUGACGGGAACGGCUUGGCGUUUCGCGCCAUUCCCGUGGGACCCCCACAAGGGGGGCGUCUAAGGUCCACCGUGUAG